AUAGAUUGUCUUAUCUUCAUUAAUAUAUGUUUUAAUCACAAUCAUCUUUUUUUUUCCCAGCGAGUCUUUAGAUAAACAUAUAGGUCCCGUGUGGCAGCUGAAGUGGGUAGAACAGGACAGAGGCACCACAGGAGAUGAUAAAGGAGAGAUAUUAAUCUCUAUCUCAGCAGAUGGCCGAAUAACCAAGUGGUUUAUACGGAAAGGACUGGGUUGCUCUGAUCUGAUGAAAAUAAAGCGAACAGUAAGUGAGAAGAAAAAAACAACAGGUGAGAAAGAAAAGAAAAGUGAAGCUCUGAUAUCUCGACAGGCUCCUGGAAUGUGCUUUGACUUCCAUCCAAAGGAUACUAAUUUUUAUCUCGCUGGAACAGAAGAGGGCCUUAUUCACAAAUGUUCUUGUUCCUACAAUGAGCAGUUUAUAGAAACGUACAGAGGACAUAAGGGUCCUGUGUACAAAAUCGCUUGGAAUCCGUUCAGCACCGACAUGUUUUUAAGCUGCUCUGCAGACUGGAGCAUUAUUUUGUGGCACCAGCAGUCGCAGAAGCCCAUCCUAACGCUCAGCUCCACCACUGCUGUUGUUCAUGACAUUGUGUGGUCUCCAAAGUCAGUCUUUAUAUUCGUAGCAGUGAACGAAAGCAGAGUAGAAAUCUGGGAUCUUAGCAUCAGCACGUUGGAUCCCUUGGUCAUUAGGUUCGCCGCCCCAAAAGUGAAGUUCACAACUGUGCUUUUUGCGAAGAACACGGACUGCCUUCUCCUGGGAGACAGCAAAGGACAAGUCAGUGUGUUUGAGCUGCAGAACCUGGGUGCUUCCCACAGCAACAAGGUGCCACUGGUGAAGAAAACGAGCUGA